AUGCCAGGAGAAGUCAUCGACAGGCCGAACCCUAAGGCCGAACCAUCGCACAUCCCGGAUAUCGUUCAACAGCUGCAGGUCCAACUCGAGCAAGCUUCCUUAGAUCAAUCCACCUACGAUGCUUUGCUCAAGUUUCGUCGGGCAGCUGCUUAUAUUGCGGCAGCAAUGAUUUUUCUCCAGGACAAUGUGUUGUUGAAGCGCGAAUUAAAACAUGAAGACAUCAAGCCCCGACUACUUGGUCACUGGGGAACAUGUCCCGGCCUAAUUCUAGUAUAUUCCCAUUUGAACUACAUCGUUAGAAGGCAAAACCUGGAUAUGCUGUAUGUAGUUGGGCCAGGGCACGGUGCACCAGGUCUGCUAGCCUCUCUGUGGUUGGAAGGCUCGUUGGGAAAGUUCUACCCACAGUACUCCCGAGACGAGGAAGGUCUCAAGAAUCUCAUCUCGACAUUUAGUACUUCUGCCGGUCUGCCAAGUCAUAUCAACGCUGAAACCCCAGGAGCCAUCCAUGAAGGUGGUGAGUUGGGCUAUGCGUUAGCUGUAUCCUUUGGUGCAGUUAUGGAUAAUCCAGACUUGAUUGUCACCUGUGUGGUCGGUGACGGAGAAGCCGAAACAGGUCCAACGGCAACUUCCUGGCACGCAAUAAAGUACAUUGAUCCCGCAGAAUCAGGAGCAGUUUUGCCAAUUCUGCAUGUCAAUGGGUUUAAGAUCAGCGAACGCACCAUUUUUGGUUGCAUGGACAAUAAGGAAUUGAUUUCCCUUUUCACAGGAUACGGCUAUCAAGUACGCAUUGUUGAGAAUCUUGAUGACAUUGACUCCGAUCUCCACUACUCCACAAGCUGGGCAAUCGGGGAAAUCCAUAAAAUCCAGCAAGCGGCUCGCUCUGGAAAGCCGAUCAUGAAACCCAGAUGGCCCAUGAUCGUAUUACGCACGCCAAAGGGCUGGUCAGGGCCCAAGGAGCUGCAUGGUCAACUUAUCGAAGGGUCGUUCCAUUCGCAUCAGGUUCCUCUGCCCAAUGCAAAGAAGGACAAGGAGGAGCUCCAGGCGCUCCAGAAGUGGCUGUCUUCCUACAACCCGGGUGAACUAUUCACCCAGACAGGAGACGUUAUUGAUGAAGUCAAGUCUAUUAUUCCCAUCGAUGACUCUAAGAAGCUUGGUCAACGUUUUGAGGCAUAUAAAGCAUACGAGCCACCCGAUCUUCCGGAUUGGAGGACGUUCUGUGUGGAAAAGGGUUCGCAAGAAAGCUCGAUGAAGACAAUCGGAAAGCUUAUAGAUAGAGUCUUCACCCAAAACCCCCACAGUGUCCGGCUGUUCUCCCCAGAUGAACUAGAGAGUAAUAAGCUGGAUGCCGCUCUGGCGCAUACUGGUAGGAAUUUCCAGUGGGACCAGUACUCAAACGCGAAAGGCGGCCGCGUUAUUGAAGUGCUGAGCGAACAUAUGUGCCAGGGUUUCCUUCAGGGCUACACUUUGACAGGGCGUGUGGGCCUCUUCCCCUCGUAUGAAAGCUUUUUGGGUAUUGUUCACACCAUGAUGGUGCAGUAUGCCAAAUUCAUGAAGAUGGCCCGGGAAACAGGAUGGCACAAGGAUGUGGCUAGUAUCAACUACAUUGAGACCAGUACCUGGACCCGACAAGAGCACAACGGCUUCUCUCACCAAAACCCAUCCUUCAUCGGAAACGUCCUCAAGCUUAAGCCUGAUGCCGCGCGUGUAUACCUACCGCCAGACGCUAAUACUUUCUUAACGACGGCCCACCAUUGUUUGAAGUCCAAGAAUUACAUUAAUCUCAUGGUCGGUUCGAAGCAGCCGACACCCGUUUACCUAUCACCCGAAGAAGCAGAAAGCCACUGUAGAGCUGGUGCGUCGAUCUGGAAGUUCUGCAGUACGGAUGACGGACUCGAUCCAGAUGUUGUCCUCGUUGGAAUUGGUGUUGAGGUGAUGUUUGAAGUCAUUUACGCUGCUGCAAUUCUGCGCCAGCGCUGUCCUGAACUUCGCGUUCGUGUGAUCAACGUGACGGAUCUGAUGAUCCUGGAGAAUGAAGGAGCCCACCCGCACGCCCUGACAACUGAGUCUUUUGAUAACCCUUUCACCUCUGACAAACCAAUCCAUUUCAACUACCACGGAUAUCCGACUGAGUUGCAGGGCCUUCUGUUCGGCCGACCUCGUCUAGAGCGCGUGAGCGUCGCUGGGUACAUUGAGGAAGGAAGCACGACGACACCGUUCGAUAUGAUGCUUGUGAACAAGACGUCCCGCUUCCACGUGGCGCAGGCUGCUAUUAAAGGAGCAGCCAAGCGAAACGAGAAAGUUCAACUCCAUGAGCAAGAGUUGAGUACAGAGUUAACACACAACAUUGUCGAAACACGGAAGUACAUCUUUGCAAAUCGCAAGGACCCUGAUGACAUGUACGAAAUGCCACAAUUCAAAUGA